UUCCGUAGUGAAAAGAAAGUGACCCUUAAGAUGACCCGUAACUCAAAGGAAAUCAACCUGUCUGGGCGACUUGAAGGACAAACCAUUGUUUUCGAAGGCACAACUCCAUUCAGUGGAUGGGAAACCCUUAAGGCCUCAUUCUUCAUUUCCAGUUCUGCUGUUAAAGCCUUUGUGUCCAGGAAUGACCGUAAGGUUGAGGUUACAGGAACACUGCACAUCAGAAAAGUCAAGGGAAAGAUUAAUCUCACCAUUAAUACUCCAUAUGCUGGCUAUGAAACCGUUUCUGUUGACACAAACUACAGCUUACAGGGCCAAGUGAAAACAGUGGAGUUUGAAGCCAAAUUUGGCUCACAAGAACUCUCCUUAAAGGGAGACAUCAAGACAAACAACAUUUUAGCUCCUGAGAUGACUCUCAAUAUCAUUACUCCAUUUGAAGCUAUAAGAACUCUUGGUGGAGAAGCUCACUGGGACCUGAGAAACCUUGUCAAGACUGCCGAAGUGAAGGCUUUCCGCAAUGAUCGCCACUACCACUGGCAGCUAGAGACAGCUGCUGAUAGUCCCCUAAAGGGUUAUGCCAAUUCCAAGAUCACAACUCCCAUUGCUGGAUGGACAACAGUCAGUUUGGAAGGAAACUUUGAUUUCACCUCCAUGCCUUACAGGGCACUUUUUACUUACAACAAAGAAGCAGUUAUCAGAACAUUUGAAGUACAAGUCAGUGUAGCAGAAAAUGCAGUAUCUGGUGAAAUUACAACACCAAUCUCUGGAUGGGAGAAGAUUGCUGUGAGUGGCGACUAUUCUCUGGCCAACAACCUUCUGACCGGAAAUGUGGAGAUCACCAAGAGUUCUGACAAAUAUCAUCUCAAUGGGGAUAUUGCUUUUAAUACUCAGAAGCCUAAGGUAAAUAUUGGCAUCAGGACACCUCUAGCAAAUGCUGCUAAUAUUGAGCUGGUUCUUGAUGCUAAUCUAGUCGAUACAGAAAAGAAUUUCCAUAUUACCUUCAAAAGGAAUGACAUUACUUACUCUGCAGAUUUCACAGGCCAAAUUAUCUAUAAGACAGGAUUCAUGAAGCUGCAUACAACUUCGCCCAUUCCAGGUUUUACAUCCCUGGAUGUUGAUGCCAAAUACGACUUUACUGGAGAUGUGAAAACUGCUGAAGCCAAUCUUAUGAAGGAAGGAAAUAACCAGCAUAUCUCACUGACUUCCACAGUCUAUGACAACAAUUUCCAUGUUGAAGUUGAAACACCAUUUGCUGGUUUUGAAUCUGUGAAGAUGGAUGGUGAUUACACAUACCUCAAUAAUAAACACAGUGUCUCAGCUUCAUUUGAGAAGAAUAGUCUGAAGUAUAACUUCAAUGCUGAGAUUUCACUCAAUACCAACUCUGUUACCCUGAUGCUGACAACCCCAAUAGUAGACAUUAAGCAUGUUGUCAUUAAUGGCAAUUACCAAGCCAUUGAGAAUGGAAUGGAAUGCUCCCUUGUUGUUGAAAGAAACCAGGAUAAGUUUGAGUUUGAUACUCGUGGAUAUUUCACACCCAAGAAAUCAGACCUCCACCUCUCACUAGAGACACCUGUUGAGGGCUGGAGGAAGCUAGAGCUGGAUACCCAUUAUGAUAUUAUCUCUGACAAGAAGUCUGCUGAGAUCUCUUUCCAAGGAGAUUCACUGAUGAAAAAGCUGUAUGUUGAGGGUAGCUAUAAUCUGAAAUAUGGAUCUUUUAAGGUUAUGACUCCUAUUGAGGACUUCAGAGUCCUGGGUGCUGAAUAUACACUAAACCUUGAUGAAUACAACAAGAAAUUGGAUGCUUCUGUUAAGAUCAGUCAAAAUUCCAAUGAAUGGGCCUUCGAGGCAUAUGGACAGUACAGUGAUGAUAACAUUGUUAUAAAGUUCCAGACACCAUUUGAGGGCUUUGACACUAUUGCUGUAGAAGGCAACCUAAAUUAUGAAAACAGAUCUGGAAGAGGUGUCAUCCUGUUUGGGUCUUAUAAGUUUACCACCAGCAUUACUUAUGCAAAUGACAACAUGUCCUUUGAGCUGACGACUCCCUUUGAUGCAAUGAAGACUGUGUCCCUUUCAGCCCAGUACAGCUGGACCACCAGCCAAAAGAGCUAUACUCUAAACAUCAUUUACAAUGACAAGAACUUCGUUCUCUCCAGCUCUCUGCAGCUCUCUACAAGGGCCUCUGACAUCACCUUCCAGGCCGGAACUCCUUUCAAGGGUUUCCAGAACACUUUCAUUGAAAUUAAGUAUGAUGUUGAUAACAGAGAGGAGCUCCUUGCAUCCCGUGUCAGUGUAGAUGAUCACAAAUACAGCUUUGUUGUAGGUGGAUUUAUUGAAGACAAGCUAGCCAUGUUCAAGUGGAACCUUAACUCUCCUUUCAGUGGCUGGACUGAUGCCAAGUUUGUAGCAAAGAUUGAUCUUUCCAGUGAAAAUAAAAACAUUGAAAUCUCCCUUGAGAAAGAAGGAGACCUUAAAGCUAUUGCAGUCUCUGGCAAGUUCAUUGGCAGUACAUUGGACUUUAAUCUGCAAACUCCUUUCAGAGGGCUCAAUAAUUUCAACGUGUUUGGAUCUCUUAACCGGUCCAAGAGGUCUCUUGAAAUGAGAAUGAUGAAUGAUGCAGGACAAGUAUCUUUAGCUGGCAAUUUCAAUUCCCUCAGAUUCAACAUGAAGACUCCAUUUGAAAGAGCAGAACAGAUCUCCUGGGAGAUCACCAAGACUGGUGAAGGCUCCUACAAAGCUGAAUGGAGGAGGAAUGAUAAUUAUGCAAUACUUACAAUAGAAAAGGACACAAUUAAGCAAUCCUUUGAUUUGAAUAUAAAGAGUGAAUUUCAGGGAUGGGAGAUCCUGGCUCUUACUGGAAGACUGGACGAAGGGACAAAACAAGCCUACCUCAGUGGAGCCAUUAAUGAACAGAAGAUCACCAUCUCUGGAUCAGGUUCUGUCAGUAACAAAGUGAAAUACAGUAUGACAAUUGAAACUCCCUAUGAAAAUUACAGGGAAGUAAAAGUGCAACUUAAUUAUGCAAAAAGAAAGAACACAAUGAAAUUGGAAGCCUCUUCAUCCUCUUCUGAUUUCCAUCUUCUGUGGUCAUACUCAGGAUCAGGCCUUGAAGCUCACCUUAUUGUACCUAAUUCACAGCAGAACACUGAAAUCUCCAUGAACAUCGCCCCUACUCAAGGAAAAAUAACCAUAACAUCACGAUUUGAACUUAUCAAGGGACUACCUCCAGGAAUACCAUGUUAAUCUUGAUCAGUAUGUUAU